AUGAACGCCUGGCUCGCCGACGCCUCGAAUCUUCCUGGCCAGGAUAGUGGGGCCUUCAAUCCGUCUACCAUCGACCCCUCAGCCGCCUUCCUCCAUGCCUCUCCCAACCCUCAGGACCCCAACCAAUUCCAGCGCAUGUUCAACUCCGUGCCUCGGAAUGCCUCCCCGGGGUUUCACAACCCCAAUCAGGUAAUUCCAUCCAAACGGCCCCGGCCAGAAGAUGGCAUGCCCAUGUCACCGCGGCCGGCGCCCGGUGCUGGUGUGACCGGGUCGCGAUCGCAGACUCCCCAUCAAGUGCCUUAUCCAGGCUAUCAAGGUCCUGCAAAUGGAGCCCAAUUCCCUCAGCACCCGACGCCCUAUCAGCAUCUUCAACAAGGAGCCUCGCCCAAUGUGACCCAGUCGCCAAUUAUGCAAGACUUUGACCAACAAAGCGUGCGCAUGGGAACAGCUUCGCCGAGCCCCUACUCGCCCGCGGGCCCGCAUGUUGGUGGCCCUCAUAUGUCACCCUCGCAGUCUGAUGGCAGCCGCGUCAAUACACCUCAGAACAACCAGUUUAUGCCUGGGCAAGCUUUCCCGCAGGGGAUGAACCCACAAUUCCAGCAGACACCGGGCAUGACCUCGACUGCACAGCAACCGCCGAUGCAGGCCCAGCAAUUCAAUGGCAUGCAGCAGGUGCCCCAAAGCUACCACCAAGCAAUUGCUGCGCAGCAACAGCGACUUCGUCAAAUGCAAAUGCAACAAAAUCAACAACUAAAUGCCAACCCGCAAAUGGCUAGCCGCCCCCAAGGGCCUCCUAUGGCCAACCCCCAACAAAUGGCUGCCAUUCGUCAGAUGCAACAGCAGCAAGCGCAACGACAACAGCAGCAGCAGAAUAUCUGUAAACCCAACAACCCCGAGAUGUUCAUGCAGACGUUGCAAAAAUUCAUGAUGUCACGAAGCCUUCCUUUGGACCCCAAUCCCAUCAUAAGCGGCCGUCCCAUCAAUGUCAUGCAAUUGUAUGGCACAGUGAUGAAAAUGGGUGGGUCGAAGAAAGUAACCGCAAUGAACGUGUGGCCGAUGGUUGCACAGCAGCUCCAAUUUCCUCAGGUUCAGUUCCCUAUGGCCGCACAGGAGAUUCGGGAAUACCACCAAAGGAACUUGGCCCCUUAUGAGCAGGCCUAUUUCCAAUCUCAGUCUAAACAGUUGGCGGAGAUGCAGCAGCAGCAGCAGCAGCAGCAACAACAACAACAACAACAGCAGCAACAACAGCAGCAGCAGCAGCAGCAGCAGCAGCAGCAACAACAACACCAGCAGCAGCAGCAUCAACAGCAUCAACACCAGCAGCAGCAACAGCAUCAACAGCAUCAACAGCAGCAACAUCAUCCGGGUGGGAUUCCUCGCCAGCCUAGCGAUCCGUCAGCUAUGCAAUUCCACUCUCCCCAGAUCAAGCCAGGCCAGGGCUUUGAGCAACCUCAAUCAAUCCCCCACACUCCUCAAAACAAUACUCCCGUCUCCAAUAAUGCUCAGGCUACCCCAGUAAAUGGGUUUGCCACACCCACACAGGCACGAAGCCACAACAAACCAGCUCCACCGGGGCACCGGCUCAGUGUCUCGCGACAGUCACAGCCACCGGUUCCCCCAACGGAGGUUGUGGGGCAGUUUGCGGCGCCUUCACCAUCCCAACAAGGGAAGCCGGCCAUGACUCCAGUCCAGCCACCGGUGCAAGCUCCGGAAACACAGCCGGAUCAAGUGGUCAAGCGACCUAUUGAAGACACAUUUAAACCCAUGGUCGUCACCGAGCGUCGACUACAUGGUCCUAUUCAGGUUGACGAAAUGUACCAGCUCGGCGAGGACAUUUCAAGGCUCAGGCCCACUGUACCAAGCUUCGCCGAGUUGGGUGUGGUAGAUAUCCAUGCGUUGACCAUGGGUUUGAAGUCCGGGAUCCAUGCUGAAAUCCGGGUUGCGCUGGAUACUCUCACCACUCUUUCCUGUGAGCCUGCUGUCCAGAUUUCCCUUGAGAACUGUGACGACCUGGUAGAAAGUUUGGUGGACUGUGCCGAUGACCAGGCUGAUUUCCUGGCUGAACACAUUCAAGAAGUUACCGACGUUAUAGCCUUCCGUUCCUACGAAGAUGUCACUCGGGGUUGCCAGUCCGAACAUACGUCACUGGCAGAUGUGCAUGAGUUUGGCAGCCUCGACUAUGAACUUGACCGUGCCGUGGACCGACUGAUCUGUAUUACCACCAUUCUCCGCAACUUUUCGUUUAGCGAGUCAAACUUCGGCGUAUUGGGAAUGUCUUCCGUUACCCAAUGCCUCGCAAAUAUCUUCCGCAACGUCGGUACUCGUCCCAUGUACCUACGAACCGACCAGAACUUAUUGGAUUUCAUGAAGGAUGCCGUGAUUUUCAUGAGCAACUUGGCUCAUGUCAUGCAAAUACCCGGGAAAGAGGAGGCCUUGAGUCUAUUAAGCUUCCUCCUAGCAUUCUCGCCCUUGCCAGGACCAACAGCAGCGAAGCCAGGUCAGGUCAUGUUUACGUCGUUUAAUUCUUCUAUUCACCGAUAUACUCCCGCCGCCGUGGAUGGCCUUGCCAAACUGCUGGCAAGAGAUGAUCCGAACCGUAUUUACUUCGGUGCCAUUUUCUCUGGGGAUGGGUCUGCACCUCCGCAGCCAGAGCUUCUCACCCGCUCAUUUGGCCUCGCCAUCUGUGCAGUGCCGGAUAGGAAGCCCCUAGCCGUGGCGGAUGCCCGGAAGGUCUUCCUCAUGCAGGGUCUUCUGGCCGCUGACGUUCUGACCACAUUCGCCGAUGGAGCUCUCGCCAAGCUGUGGCUUGGGUCUGUCGACGGAUUCGCCAUUCACCUCCUGCGCCUGUCCUGCCUCCUCUGCACCGAGCGCAUCCCGAAUAUCAACCCCCGCCAAAGAAGCCAGGCUGAAGCGGAAGCCUAUGCCUUCGGCUCGAUCAUCCACCGCGGACUGGCUAUUCUGCGUCGCCUCGCCGAGAAGUCCAAGCAAGUGGACAACGUCUCUCUCCACCUCCCCUCCGGUAUCCUCCCCAGCAAAGAGAGCCUCCUCGGCGCCUUGCUCCUCGCGAACAUGGACCCCACAAUCAUCCGCCAACUCCUCACAUACGCCAAGCUAGCAGAAUAA